AUGCCACCCCAACCCCCACCGCCCCUCACCAAGCCCCAUAAGCCCUACUUCUUCUACGGUCACCGGAAGCCCACUCAGAACCGCCCCACCGUACGUGGAGGCCUGUUCUCCAACCGCCAAUUACUCAACCCUAAAAAAUUAAGCUUCCCCACCACCACAACCGAGCCCUUUGACCUACAAAAGUGGGACCCAGAUGACAAAAAUAACCAGGGAGCACGAUAUACGAAGGACCCGUCGGAGCAAUUCUUCUCCGUGGCCAAAAAUCUAUCGCCCAUUGCUAGAUACAUUGUGGAUGCGUUCAGGAAACACAGGCAGUGGGGGCCUCAACUAGUGGCGGAGCUCAAUAGGUUGCGCCGUGUCACGCCUAAUCUGGUGACGGAGGUUCUGAAGUUUCCCAAUGUUGAUCCUAGGCUCUCUUCUAAAUUCUUUCAUUGGGCUGGUAAGCAGAAGGGAUACAGACAUGAUUUUGCGUGUUACAAUGCAUUUGCCUAUUUUUUGAAUAGGGUGAAUCAGUUUCGGGCUGCUGAUCAGGUGCCUGAGUUAAUGCAUAUGCAAGGGAAACCGCCCAGUGAGAAACAGUUUGAAAUAUUGAUCAGGAUGCACGCUGAUGAAAACAGGGGUCUGAGGGUGUACUACGUGUAUGAGAAAAUGAAGAAAUUCGGGGUGAAGCCAAGAGUCUUUCUGUAUAAUAGAAUAAUGGAUGCCUUAGUUAAGACCGAUCAUCUAGAUUUAGCCAUCUCUGUUUACAAUGAUUUCAAGGAGGAUGGGUUGGUGGAAGAGAGUGUCACUUUUAUGAUUUUGAUAAAGGGCUUGUGUAAAGCAGGACGGAUGGAUGAAGUGUUUGACCUUUUAGGUCGGAUGAGGAAUAAUCUGUGCAAACCAGAUGUGUUUGCUUACACAGCAAUGGUAAAGGUGUUGGUUUCAGAGGGAAAUCUGGAAAGUUGUUUGAGGGUUUGGGAGGAAAUGCAGAGGGAUGGGGUUCAUCCUGACGUCAUGGCUUAUUCCACUUUAAUCAUGGCAUUAUGUGAAGGGAACCGGGUUGAUAAAGGUUAUGAAUUGUUUAAGGAUAUGAAAGAGAGGAAGUAUUUGAUAGAUAGAGCUAUUUAUGGGUCUUUGAUUGAAGCAUAUGUGGCAGAUCAGAAGGUUGCUUCGGCUUGUGAUUUGCUAAAAGAUUUGAUGGACUCAGGAUACAGGGCUGAUUUGUCAAUAUAUAACUCCCUUAUCAAAGGUCUAUGCAAUGUGCAACAGGUUGACAGGGCUUAUAAACUUCUCCAAGUAACAAUUCAAGAGGAUCUCCAGCCAGAUUUUUCUACUAUAAAUCCUAUCUUGGUGUCUUAUGCAGAGUUAAAAAGAAUGGAUGAAUUUUGUAUAUUGCUUGCACAAAUGCAGAAAUUGGGUUAUUGGUUAAUUGAUGAUCUGUCGAAAUUCUUCUCUUUUAUGGUGGAGAAGGAUGACAGAGUAACAAUGGCUUUAGAAGUGUUUGACUACUUGAAAAAGAAAAACUAUCGUACUGUUUCAGUUUACAAUAUAUUUAUGGAGUCUCUGCUCAAGAAUGGUGAAGUGGACAAGGCAUUAGAACUGUUUCAUGAGCUCAAUGAUUCAGACUUGGUUCCUGACUCGAUAACUUACAGUAAUGCAAUUCUAUGUUAUGUUGAAGUUGGAAAUAUACAUGAAGCAUGUACGUGGUACAACAGGAUCAAAGAAUCCUCUUCAGUUCCCUCAAUUGCUGCCUAUUAUUCUCUUGGUAAAGGCCUUUCCAGAAUAGCAGAAGUAGAUGCGGUCAUAGCACUUGUUCGUGACUGUUUAGCCCAUGUUACAAGUGGUCCGAUGGGUUGCCCUCCAGACAGUGUUAUAUAUGUGGCUAUCAUCUAUGGCAUGUGCAAAUAUGGAACAAUUGAAGAGGCAAGGAAAGUAUUUGCGAUUGAGAAUGUGAAGAGUACUGAGGAGUAA